AUGGGUGGCUGUUGUUCUCUAAUACGACGAAAAAAGUACGAGCAAUCCGGCUCCAAAUUCAAAGUCAUAGAUGGACGACGAUUUCAAAUAUUGGAUGAUUCAAACUAUACUCUACCAAACGAUGCAGGAGAAGAAGAGAGAUUAGACAUACAACACUUUGUCCUAAAACAUGCAUUCAACGGGAAUUUUUCAGCACCUGUCGACCAGCUGUUGAGAAAGGGGGGGGCAAGAGUACUUGACGUCGGCUGCGGUUCGGGCAUUUGGACUUUCGAACUAGCCAAAGAAUAUCCCAAGUCUCAUUUUGUCGGCAUAGACCUUGCGCCUGUGAACCUUAAGGACGAAAAACUUAGUAACGUCGAAUUCAUAGAAUAUAAUGUUCUUGAUGGGCUUCCUUUUGAGAGCAAUUCGUUCGAUUACGUAUUUGCCAGAGCUCUUGUCGCGGUGUAUACAAGAUCACAAUGGACUGAGCUUGCUAUUCCCGAGUACACGAGGAUUAUCAAGCCAGGCGGGUGGUUAGAGUUGAUGGAGUGGGAUACAGUUUUAAAAGGUGGAGCCGCAAAUGUUAAACGUAUGAAUAAUGCACUUAUUGGCAUGUGUGAUCAAAAAGACCUUAUUGCGGCACCUGGCUAUGAAAUUCAAAGCUUCCUUGAACAAUCUGGCCAUUAUACAAACAUUGGUUACGAGCAAAAGCCAGUCCCGAUAGGACCAAAGGGGGAAAAGUACGCUGAAAUGGCAAUACGAGACUGGCGAGAUGUCUGGCAGGGCCUGAAAUUAAUCUUUUCGUCAGUCAUGCAAGUGUCUGGGGAACACUAUGAUGCAAUUUCCGAGGCUGCAGUCGGCGAAUUGAUAAAAUCUGGUGUUAUUUGGGAAAAUAUGAGAGCGUGGGGUCAGAAAAAGGAUCGCAUUUACACUGAUUAG